AUGGCGAAAAGAAUUGCCGAGAAGGAAUUGACGGAUAGGAAUUGGGAUCAAGAAGACGAAGCAGAGGAGGUGGGAACAUUCUCCGUGGCCAGCGAGGAAGUCUUGAAGAACAGAGCCAUAAAAAAAGCGAAACGUAGAAAUGUCGGAUUUGAAUCCGAUAGCGGAGGGGCCUUUAAAGGUUUCAAAGGUUUGGUGGCACCUUCUGGAGGAGGCGGGUUUUCUGGAUUCGGAAAUGGCGCUGCAGGGAAGCCCUUAGGACUGUCCAACGGGAGCAGUGUGACGGGUGCCCCUGCCUUCACCAGCACGAGGACAGCCGCAGAGACCAAGGCCACUUCUGGUUCUCUUACUGCAAAUGGCCCUACCUCCUCAGUGGAGAAAAGGAGCUCCAAUCCGAAAACGAACGGUAGCAGUCAGCAGCCCUCGCCUGGCUGCCCCGCCAGUGCAACGUGCCGCGGGAACGCCUAUCACAAGCAGCUGGCGGCCCUCAACUGCUCUGUGCGCGACUGGAUCGUGAAGCAUGUGAACACAAACGCGCUCUGUGACCUGACGCCCAUCUUCAGAGACUAUGAGAGAUACUUAGCCACCAUUGAGCAGCAGCACGGGGGCGGCGCUGGGAAUUCUGGGAGCGAGACUGACAAGAUGUUGGUGGAAACACAGUCUCCUUCACUCUUUGGUUCCACAAAAUUACAACCUGAAUCACCGUUUUUGUUCCACGGCAACAAAACGGAGACCUCGUCUGAGAAGAAGACUGACCCGUCCGCUGCCCCAGGAGCGGCAAGUGCCUCGUUCAACUUUGGCAAGAAAGUCGACAGUGCAGUUUUGGGCUCCUUGAGCUCUGGGCCCCUGACUGGGUUUUCGUUCUCCCCAGGAAACGCCAGCUUAUUUGGUAAAGAUAUUCCCCAGAACAAACCAGCGGCUUCGCCAUUGACCACCAAAACGCCGGAGAGCCAAGCAGAAGGGGGCAGCAGUGAAUGCAAAGGCGGAGAAGAGGAGGCGGCUGACGAACCACCCCGAGUAGUGGUUACUGAAGUGAAGGAAGAAGAUGCUUUUUACUCCAAAAAGUGCAAACUAUUUUACAAGAAAGACAAUGAAUUUAAAGAGAAGGGUGUAGGCACUCUGCACUUGAAACCUACAGCGAAUCAGAAGACGCAGCUUCUCGUGCGGGCGGACACCAAUCUAGGCAACAUCCUGCUGAAUGUCCUUGUGCCGCCCAGCAUGCCGUGCACCCGGACGGGCAAGAACAACGUGCUUAUCGUCUGUGUCCCAAACCCUCCUAUCGACGAGAAGAACGCCGCCACCCCGGUUCCCAUGUUGAUUCGGGUGAAAGCAAGUGAGGAUGCCGACGAGCUGCACAGAAUCUUACUGGAAAGAAAGGACGCCUGA